AUGCUACCAGAUAAUUUAAAGGACCUCUAUGUACAAUGGCUGCAAGAACUGAUAGAUAGUUUAUCCGAGAAGCAAGAACAACUGAUAAACACUUACUCAAAGGCAAAGAAGAAUCUAAUCGAUCAUGACGGUGUUUUUUAUUAUCCAAAAGAUUUGCUGAAAGUUAAAGGAAUUGGUGCUACCAUUGCGAAAAGACUAGAGGCUCGUCUUGUUAAGCAUUGUGAGGAAAUUGGAGUUGAUGUUCCCAGAAAACAACUGCCAAUUGAUAAUGGAACACAAGGAAGCAAGUCACUCAAAAGAGUACGAACACAACUGCGUAUUGAUGGUAUAAAUACUAAUGAUACUGAUAUUAAUAAACCUGUAAGGAAAAAGCGGAAAUAUAUUCCAAAGAAAAGGUCUGGUGCAUAUGCAAUAUUGUUAGCAUUGCUUGAACUUGGAGCUCAGAACAAAGGUGUGAUAAAGCCGGACAUCAUAGAAGCAGCUCAAAAGUAUACUGAUCAUAGUAUGACACCAAAUUAUACUACAAAGGAAUUUUACAGUGCAUGGUCGUCAAUUGCCCAACUAAAAAAGCAUGAGCUUGUCCUAAUUGAGGGUCGACCGCAACAAUAUACUUUAACCGAGGAGGGGUUACAGUUAGCAGAUACUUUACGGCUGGCCGAUGGUAUUGAUAUUGAUGGAAAAUCAAUAGCAAGUAGUAUGGAUACAAAUAAUGCUUAUUAUAGUGAUGAGCAUACAGCAGAUUUUUCUGCAUUAAAACAUGAUCUGUCAGGUUUGACAUGCGCUCCAAUUAAAGAUGGUACCAAUUCAUCAGGGAACUAUUCUAUUCUUGAGAAAACAUUUGGAAGUCAAGAUUUUAAUGUAAGACAUCAUGAAAUUGGCAUGGUUCAGCGAUCGCAUACUUUUGGUAAUGGUGACUCUAAUAACUCUAUUGAACCACUCCCUAGAGAUACUUCUGAAUUCACAACACAGCCUUCAUUAAUACAAAGAAGAAGAUUCGAGAGUGUAAGUUAUGAGCUGUGGCAACCAGGAACGUAUGAAAUAUAUCCUGUAAUAGAUCACAGAGAAGUACGUUCACAUUCUGAUAGAGAGUUCUUCUUUAAUGCAUUCAAAGCUAGAGACAUGAAAUCAGAGAUAAGGCAGUUGUCUUUGGGUGAUAUUAUUUGGGUAGCAAAAAAUAAAACUACGGGUCAGCAAUGCAUUCUAAACACAAUUAUUGAGCGGAAGCGACUAGAUGAUUUAGCUAUGAGUAUAAGAGAUAAUAGAUUCAUGGAACAAAAAAACAGACUUGAAAAGUCAGGUUGUAAGCACAAAUACUAUCUAAUUGAGGAAACUAUUGGUUCAUCAAUUGGUAAUAUGGCAGAUGCAUUGAAAACUACUUUAUGGAUCAUAUUAGUUUACUACAGAUUUUCAAUGAUUCGCACAGUUAAUGCUGAGGACAGUGUGGAUAAAUUGCAUGCUCUUCAUACAGUUAUUUGUGAGAGCUAUAAACACAAAGCUCUUGUUGUACUAUAUCCGACCGAUUUGAAAAGUCAAGAUCAUUACAGAGGCAUACUAAGCAUAUUCCAAAAUGAAUUUGAAAGAUCAGGUAACCUAGAAUGUUGUCAUACUUUUGACACAUUUCAAGAUAUUAUGGGAAAACGAGAGUUGAAGACAAUCAAGGAGAUAACUAUUCAUAUUCUAAUGUUAGUCAGAGGAGUGUCGCUUGAGAAAGCUGUGUUUAUACAAAGGCAUUUCCCAACCCUGAAUCAUCUUCUUAAUGCCUACAGAAAAUGUAAUAGCCAAAUGGAGGCUAAAUUAAUGAUGUUUCAAAAGUUUGGAAAUGCGCCAGGUGCCAAAAAAAUAACGAAGCAACUAUCUGAAAAGCUAGCUGAAACAUUUGCUUUUUGA